CGAACAAAAAAGAAAAAUGUUUUGAGUUUUCAAAAUUAGAAGUCUGAUCAACUGUCUUCUUUCUUUUACUUAACCCCUAGCCUGAGAGAACGAAGAACAGUCAGUGAAGAAGAAAGGAAAACCAACAAACAAUCGAUCUAGUCGACUACAGGGAUCAAUACCAGAAGGUUGUAAACUACUAAACUCUCAUGGCAAGGAUAAAACCUCAAGCGCUUUUGCUGCAAAGCAAAAAGAAGAAGGGUCCAAGCCGUAUUAGUGCUACAACAAUCAUCAUAUACAUACUUGUUGCUGCAGUAAUGGUGUUUUUCCUGUUUGCUACGUACAGGCACUGGUCGAGGAGGUCCAUGCUUCAAACAGAUGUAGGCGAGGGUGAAGCUCUUUUCGCGGGGCAGAGAAAAUCUGAUGUUGCUAAAUAUGCUCUCAUAAGCACCACAAAGGGCUUGGUAACUGUUGAGCUUUACAAGGAUGGCUCUCCUGAAGUUGUUGAAGAAUUCAUUGAUUUGUGUACGAAGGGCCACUUUAAUGGGAUGCAAUUUAAUCGUGUUAUUAAGAACUUUGUUAUCCACGGAAGUAAAGAGGAAAGGCCUGAAACUACAGAAGAUUGGACUUCGAGGGUAAAAAAUUAUGCUCACCUUGACACAAGUCUGAAGCAUGAAGCAUUUAUGCUUGGUACUUCCAAGGCAAAACAUGAUGGUCGAGGAUUUGAUAUAUUUAUAACAACUGCACCAAUCCCAGAUUUGAAUGACAAGAUUAAUGUAUUUGGGCGUGUCAUCAAGGGUGAAGAUGUUGUUCAGGAAAUUGAGGAAGUGGAUACAGAUAAUCAUUACCGACCCAAAGCUGCUGUAAAGAUCAAAGGAAUUACUCUUAAACAGAACCUUUGAUGACUCUGAUUCUCAUCAAUAUUCAAUACCCCUCCUGAUAUGAGAGGUUUACGUCCUGGACAAAGCUGUGCAACAUACUCGCGUAACAGUUGAUUUUACAAUUAGUAGAGUCUGGUGUUGGUUCUGCUUACUGAUUUUACUUAGAAUUGAUCUUGUGCAGCCUACAGUCAAUGAUUGUCAUAUAAAGAGAGUUCAAGUUAUUGCGUUUCAUGUAAUUCACUCAAUUUUCCUCGCUGUGUUUUCCGAUAGCAGUAUGCACCAGCAGCUCUGUAUUUUCUUCUCUUAUUUUUGUUGGUAGUAGAUACUGGCUUAUGCUUGAUUUUACUGUUAGCA